CCCAAAAUGGAGUUAAUCCUGACUGGGAGAAGAAAGUAAUUGAAUAUUUUAAAGAAAAGCUGAAGGAAAAUAAUGCUCCUAAAUGGGUACCAUCACUGAAUGAGGUUCCCCUUCAUUAUUUGAAACCUAACAGUUUUGUGAAGUUUCGCUGCAUGAUUCAGGAUAUGUUUGACCCUGAGUUUUACAUGGGAGUUUAUGAAACGGUUAACCGAAACACAAAAGCACGUGUUCUUCAUUUUGGAAAAUAUAGAGAUGUAGCAGAGUGUGGGCCUCAACAAGAAGUUGAUUUAAACUCUCCACGAACUACCACUUUGGAAAGGCAGACUUUCUAUUGUGUCCCAGUGCCUGGGGAAUCUGCGUGGGUAAAAGAAGCCUAUGUUAAUGCAAACCAAGCUCGAGUCAGCCCUUCAACAUCCUAUACUCCCAGUCGGCACAAGAGGAGUUACGAAGAUGAUGAAGAUAUGGACCUGCAGCCUAAUAAACAGAAAGACCAACAUGCGGGUGCCAGGCAGACAGGAGGCGUCGGUGGUCUUCAGUGGUGUGGAGAGCCGAAGCGUUUGGAAACGGAAGCGUCUUCUGGACAACAGCUGAACUCCCUCAGCCUCUCUUCUCCCUUCGACCUAAACUUCCCACUGCCAGGAGAGAAGGGCCCUGCGUGCCUUGUGAAGGUCUAUGAAGACUGGGAUUGUUUCAAAGUCAACGAUGUUCUUGAGCUGUACGGCAUCCUCUCCGUGGACCCCGUGCUGAGUGUACUGAACAACGACGAAAGGGACGCCUCGCUCCUGGACCCGAUGGAGUGCACAGACACAGCCGAGGAGCAGAGAGUGCACAGCCCUCCCGCUUCCUUAGUGCCGAGAAUCCACGUGGUGCUGGCACAGAAGCUGCAGCACAUCAAUCCGUUACUGCCGGCUUGCCUUAACCAAGAGCAGAGCAAAACCUUUGUUUCAAGUUUCAUGUCCGAAUUAUCUCCAAUCAGAGCAGAACUGCUUGGGUUCCUCACGCAUGCCCUCCUGGGAGAUGGCUUGGCUGCCGAAUACCUUAUACUGCACCUCAUCUCGACAGUAUACACAAGAAGAGACGUUCUUCCACUAGGAAAAUUUACAGUUAACUUGAGUGGUUGCCCGCGGAAUAGCACCUUCACAGAACACUUAUAUCGAAUUAUUCAGCAUCUUGUUCCAGCAUCUUUUCGUCUCCAGAUGACCAUAGAGAACAUGAACCAUCUGAAAUUCAUCCCUCACAAAGACUACACAGCCAACCGCUUGGUCAGUGGGCUCCUGCAGCUGCCCAGCAAUACUUCCCUUGUAAUUGAUGAGACGCUCCUGGAGCAGGGGCAGCUCGACACCCCAGGUGUUCAUAAUGUGACUGCCCUGAGCAACCUGAUAACUUGGCAGAAGGUAGAUUAUGACUUCAGUUACCACCAGAUGGAAUUCCCCUGCAAUAUUAACGUUUUCAUUACUUCGGAGGGGAGAUCGCUCCUACCGGCAGACUGCCAGGUUCACCUGCAGCCCCAGCUGACGCCUCCCAACAUGGAGGAGCACAUGAGCAGCCUCCUCGCGGCCGUGCUGCCCUCCGUGCUGAACAAGUUCCGCGUUUACCUCACCCUCUUGAGGUUCCUGGACUAUAGCAUAUCUGACGAAAUAACCAAGGCAGUUGAAGACGACUUUGUGGAGAUGCGUAAGAACGACCCUCAGAGCAUCACGGCUGAUGAUCUCCACCAGUUGCUCAUCGUAGCGCGGUUUCUGUCUCUCAGUGCUGGUCAGACGACACUGUCCAGAGAACGAUGGCUAAGAGCAAAGCAGCUAGAGUCUUUGAGGAGAACCAGGCUUCAGCAGCAGAAAUGUGUGAAUGGAAAUGAACUUUAAGAUCUGAUACCUAUGAAAGAGUAAUGGGCAAAUUGUAGCCACAUUAUUGUAAAAUUCAAAUACCAUUUAUACCACAUUGUUUUGUAGAUAAUUUGUAUCAAAAACCAAUGACUUUUCCCGAAAUCAAGCCUGGUAACAUCUUAAGUUUAUAUAAUAUUCAGUAAGGGCUUUUACCUUACUGAUUUUAUGGAGCUUUUGAAGUUUGUUUUAUAAUUAUAUAAAUCAGUAACAAUGUACAAAAAUUGUAUUUGAUAUAAAAGUUUAAUAUUGAUAAUGUUGAUUAUACCAUUUCCUUAAGCUUCAGCAAAGUCAUAGGCCAGAUUCUGUUGAAAUGCUAACUUCAACUUCAUUUGAAGAAAAUUGUUGAAAUUCCAAAGUUAGGACUUGUUCACUUAAGGUUUUUUCGUCUUUCUAAUUAACGGGGUCUGAAUGUGUUUAGCGGUCCCAGUUUGGGGAAUGGGGCAUACUUGCCAGUAAUUCACAUAACCAUGUGAAAUUCUGUAGUAUCAUUUCCCAGACAUUUGACCACAGAAGCUUUUUUUCAUCUAACGGUUGUUAACCUGCAAUACUAGUCUUUAACAUGGCAGUGGUUCCCAGACUUUUGGAGUUCAUGGACCAGUAAUAUUUCCAAAAAUUUUGGGGAUGGACAAGGUUGCCAAUUUAUUUUGCCAAGCUAUCUGAAAGAAAUCGUUGUAUUAUCACCAUUUUUUUUCAUAAGAGGACAAUCUCAGGAAGAGAUAGUCCUUUAAAUGAAAUAAAUGUAGCUUUUUGAAAAAACACUCCAUUGUCCUUAUUUUCCUCAUUUAACCCCAGUGCAUUUGGGAACCACUGUUUUUUGGGACUCACUUAAGGAAAUUCUUGCCCUAUGAAGUUAUUUUGCCCACAUAAUGAGCCAAGUAGUUAACUUUUUGAAAAUGCCUUCUUUAGAAAAAAGGUUUUUAAUUCUUUUAAUAAAUGUGGUUUAAUUGCUUUGAUGACUGUGUUAGUAUCUAUUAGUUCCAGAUAUUAGAUCAACUAACAUCUGCUAGUCUAGGAAAGCCCUGAUAAAACUGUAGGUAGGUUUCCCCCAGACCGAUUACAGUUUUAACAUAAAACUUUUUAAAGGAACAAAAAUAUCCAUAGCUAGAAAGCAGAUUAAUACUAUAGUAUAAGUGUGACAGCAAGAAUAUUUGGAAAGGUUAGAACAUUACAUAAGCUACCAGUGGUUGUUUAUAAAGAUUAAUUUAAGUCGGUAAGUUACCUAAUUGGAAACAAUUAGAUAUUGCUUAAAAUGAUUCCUCAAAUUCCACACUCCCCUAAAUUGACAUUGCUAACCAGGAAGCAGGGUCAGCCUUGAAAAGCGAGGAAUUUAUUAUGCCUAACGAACUGAAGUGAAAAUUACUAAAAAAAGUUGUUACACUUUUCCUAAACUCAAAGCUAUUUUUAUAAACUAAUGUAAAUGAUAAGUUUAUAUUUAGAAUUCUAACUGGUUUUCAUUUUUAUAACUGGUAGACUAGAACUUCCUUAAACUUUUAGAAGUGAAAGCUCAACUGAAUUUGUGAGAAUAAAAUUCAUCAGCGUAGAAUA